GAUCUCAGCGUCUCGGUUGCCAAGGGAACUAGGGGCGGCUCGCUUUCCGGCGCAGUCGCGGCGCGGCACAGCUGUCAUGGCGGAGACCGUCUGGAGCACCGACACCGGGGAGGCAGUGUACCGCUCCCGGGACCCCGUGCGCAACUUUCGCCUCCGAGUCCACCUGCAAAGAAUCACAUCAAGCAACUUUCUCCAUUACCAGCCUGCUACCCAGCCCGGGAAGAACCUCAUAGACUUGGCCACUUUUAGGCCCCAACCAACUGCCAGUGGACAUCGCCCGGAUGAAAAUGAAGAGGAGGAGGUUGUGAUUGGGUGGCAGGAGAAGCUCUUUAGCCAGUUUGAGGUAGAUCUGUACCAAAAUGAAGCAGCCUGUCAGAGCCCUUUGGAUCAUCAGUACCGUCAAGAGAUCCUGAAGCUGGAAGAUUCAGGUGGCAGGAAGAACCGGCGAAUCUUUACCUAUACCGACUCUGAUAGAUACACCAACUUGGAGGAGGGAGGGCGGCAUCCUCAAGUCACGCGUCGUCACCUGGGAACCCUCAGAAGAGUUCAUCAGGAACAACCAUGUCAUUAACACCCCUCUUCAAACAAUGUACAUCAUGGCAGACCUGGGGCCCUGUGGAAAGCUUGGCUAUAAGAAGUAUGAACAGAUCCUCUGUACUCUGAAGGUGGACAGCAACGGUGUGAUCACAGUAAAACCUGACUUCACUGGCCUCAAAGGACCCUACAGAAUCGAGAUGGAGGGGGAGAAGCAGGAGCUGUGGAAGUAUACGAUCGACAACGUGUCCUCGCUCGCACAGCCAGAGGAGGAGGAGCGGGAACAGCGUGUGUUCAAGGACCUUUAUGGCCGGCACAAGGAGUAUCUCAGUAGCCUCGUGGGCACUGACUUUGAGAUGACUGUCCCAGGUGCGCUCCGGCUCUUUGUAAACGGAGAGGUGGUUUCAGCCCGAGGCUAUGAGUAUGACAAUCUCUACAUCCACUUCUUUGUGGAAUUGCCAACUAACUGGUCAAGCCCAGCAUUCCAGCAGCUUUCAGGAGUAACACAGACCUGUGCCACCAAACCCCUGGGAAUGGACAAGGUGGCGUAUUUCUCCUACCCAUUCACAUUUGAGGCCUCCUUCCUCCAUGAGGACGAGUCUGCUGAUGCUCUUCCGGAGUGGCCUGUGCUCUACUGUGAGGUCCUCUCGCUGGACUUCUGGCAGAGGUAUCGUGUGGAAGGCUAUGGGGCCGUGGUGCUGCCUGCCACCCCAGGCUUACACACCCUGACGGUCUCCACAUGGAGACCCACGGAGCUGGGCACCAGGGCUGAGCUGAGGAGGUUUUUCAUCGGUGGUUCUCUGGAACUGGAGGACCUCUCCUACGUGCGGAUACCAGGAACCGUUAAGGGGACGCGUCUGAGCCGCUUCGGAUUCCGCACGAUGACCACCGGCAGUGUCACCUUCCGCUUCCACUGUCUGCAGCAGUCCAGGGCCUUCAUGGAGUCGAGCUCCCUCCGGAGAAGGAUGCGGAGCGUGCUAGACUGUCUGGAAGGAUUCAGCCAGCAGAGUUCCAUUCACAAUGUGCUGGAGGCCUUCCAUCGAGCCCGGCGUCGCAUGCGAGAGGCCCGCGAAAGCCUUCCCCAGGACCUAGUGAGCCCCUCUGGAGCCAUGGUCUCCUAGCUCCCUGGAACUCUGGCCCUCAGGGGAAGGGGAAAGGCCUAGUGAUUUCUGAGGCCAGCGCUCUCCAGCCUCUUUGUCUUUGUCCAGCCACAUUUACCUGCCCAGAACCAGACGAGCUGGGAAACCCCCAGGCCAGCUGCUCUGCCUAUAGCCCUCAGCAGGCUCUCCUCACUGCCAUGUGGGAAUGAGCCAGACACCCCGUGGCCCCCAUCUGUUCAUAUGCAGCUACUGUAAAUGGGCAUCCCAACAAGGCAGGCUUUGUGGCUGAAACUAGUUUGGGGUGACCCUAUAGCUAUUCUGUCCCCCACAUGGACCGUUUUCUGGCCUGUCUCACAGUCCCAGUAGCAGAGAGGGCCGCAGAUCUUUCCUGCUCCACAAGCUUCUUUAAAAAUGGAGGCCCAACAGCUCUUGUCCGGAGGUGAGAUGAGAAGGCAGAGAGGGUCAGGAGGGUUGAAUGGACAUGGGAAAUCAGGUGGAAAGGAGGAAUGUGCUG